CAGACGGCUGGGGGACACAGGAUGGAAGAGCUAAUAGGAGUAUCUAACGGGACAUGCGGACGGGCUGAUUUCUUCUAAUAUUUCAAGUGCUGUGUGUGACGGUGUGAGGCCUCGCCAUGCCGCUGGUGAAGAGGAACAUCGUGCCCCGCCACCUCUGCAGAGGGGAGCUCCCGGUGGGCAUCGACAGUGAGCUGGAGUGUGUGAUGAACAACACACUCUCCUCCAUCAUCCGUCAGCUCAGCAGCCUCAGUAAACAUGCAGAGGAUAUAUUUGGCGAGCUUUUCAGCGAGGCCAACCUUUUCUACCUGCGAGCCAACUCUCUGCAGGACCGCGUCGACCGGCUGGCCGUCAAGGUCACGCAGCUGGACUCCACCGUGGAGGAAGUUUCCCUACAAGACAUCAACAUGAGGAAAGCCUUCAAGAGCUCCACCACUCAGGACCAGCAGGUGGUGUCCAAGAGCAGCGUGCCCAAUCCGGUCAAAGAGAUUUACAAUAUGAGCGACAAGCCCCCGCCCCUCAGCAUCCUCUCCGUUUACAGGGAUGACCAAAAGGAAGCACUCAAGUUCUACACCGAUCCAUCCUACUUCUUCAACCUGUGGAAGGAGAAGAUGCUGCAGGACACCGAGGAUAAGAGGAAAGAGAAGAGGAAGCAGAAGGGGCAGAAGCAGGACGUUGAUGGGACGUUACAGCGGGAGGUGAAGAAGGUCCGGAAGGCGAGGAACCGUCGGCAGGAGUGGAACAUGAUGGCUCUGGACAAAGAGCUGAGGCCGGACCACCGACACACCAUUCACCGAGACCGAGGGGCCUCCUCUGAGGGCUCCAUGUCUCCUGAGAACAGGGGUCUCGGUGCAGAUCAGCUCCACUACCCCAACAUGAUGAACCACGCGGGCCACGCCCACACCUACUCCGGCCCCCCGCCCAGCGUCCUGGCCGCUCAGAUGGCUGCGGGCCACCCCCCCCGAGGAGGAGGAGGGGAACAUGACAUGAGAGGCAGGGCCAUGAUGGCGGCUUAUCAGGGGGGGACACUGGGUCGUACCCAUCACCACCACCACCAGAACCCUCUGCCUCCUCCCCCCUCUGAGGCCAUGAACGGAGGCUCCAUGUCCCUCCCACCGAUGGACUACAGUAUGGAGGGCUAUGCCAACACCGGCCCCCCUCCCCCACCCCCCGCCCCUCUCAUCCCCUCCUCCCUCACAGCCUUCGCCUCCCCUCCCGGAGGUCCCAUGCCCAUGAUGGGUGCCGGUGGCUUCUCUCCUCCUCCCCCUCCUCUAGGUGGAUUCCAGGUGGUCCCUCCCCCCCCUGGUCCUCCUCCUCUCCCCCAGUUAGCUGGCUCCUCCCACUUCUCCUCCCACAAGAAGUCCUCCUCUGCUCCCGCUGAGAGCGAAGCGGUCACCGACGCCCGCAGCGACCUGCUCGCCGCUAUACGUAUGGGUAAGAGAAGCAUCCAGCUGAAGAAGGUGCAGGAGCAGCAGGAGCAGCAGGCCAAGAGGGAGCCGGUCGGGAACGACGUGGCCACCAUCCUGUCGCGCCGCAUCGCUGUGGAGUACUCCGACUCCGAGGACGACUCCGAGUUGGAGGAGAACGAUUGGUCGGAUUAACAUACACACACACACACCAAUGGGAUAACCACUAAUAACACACACACACACACACACACUCACAUGAAAGAAUGCCCACUGUACCACACUCACGGGUUAUCACACACUGAACACACACACAAUCACAUGCUGUAGGUUGAUAUAAGCUGAAUGGUCCAAAACUGGAAACUGUAGGGGUGUAUUCUCCACUGUAAAGACACUAAUAACAUACCGUAAUACUCUUUGAAACAUUAACAUGUAGUCUGUAUUUCAAAGCUUUGUGAAUACACCCCAGUGGAUGUUUCUCUACCUGUUAUAACACUAUAUAGACACCCUGUGAAGGUGCUUAUUAUUACAUGUAUAGUCGGAGCUUGAGGGUGUUAGAAGAUUAGCAGCUUUUCCUCUCGAGAUAACCAAUGUACUUACUGUCUUUUUAAAAAUGUUUUUACUGAAACACUUGCUGUAGAAUCACCUGGCAAGUUAUUAGCAUUAACUGGAAGUAAAGAGGAAGGGGAUAUGUAAUUAGUCUUAUUGAAUAUAAUCAUGAUUGAGCAAUCGAUCACUGCUGUGUGGGGGG